GUUAAACAACUAGAGGCACAUAAUAAACAACUUCAAAACUUACUGGCCAAGAGUCAAGGUGCUACAGAUGUAAGAAACAAGGAAGGCUCAAAUAAAAAGGCCAAGAAAACACUCUAAGCGACAUGUACUGUUAAAGUUGGCAUACCUCGGCUGGGACUAUCAGGGUUUUGCUGUGCAGGAGGACACCCAACACACCAUAGAGGCCCAGUUGUUCUCAGCACUUCUCAAGACACGUCUCAUUGAAUCCAGAGAAACUUCAAAUUACCACAGGUGACAUAAAACCAAGUGAAACUGCUCAAGGCAGGGUUGGCAGAUUUAAACCAAACAAAACACCAUUCUUUUUAUUUAUGCCUUUUUUUCUGGGGUUUUAUUACUUACAGAUGGUUUUAAUGAUUUAUAGUGGAUUUGGAAAAUGCAUAUGAUAGGGUAAACAGUAAAGCAUUGUGGGAGGCAUUACAAGUGUAUGGGGUAGGAGGAAGGCUAUUAGAUGCAGUAAAAGUAUUCUAUGAAAACAGCCGGGCUGCAAACACUUAAAACUUAUUAAAACCAACAUGAUAGCAUUAAAACUAAACAAAAACAUGGUUUUGGGGUUUUCUUUAAGCUGUGUUUAUAAACGAUUGUUUUUUUACAAACUCUGGUUCAAGGUGUCAAUUUAAGUUAAAUGAAAAGCUCCAUUUUGUAAAACAUUUGAUAAUUCUGUAGCAGCAUAUGGUAAAAACCAUCUUUUUUUUAUUUUUUUUAUUUUUUUAAGUUUGCACUUCAUCUAUUAUAUGAAUACUAUAAAAUGUAUAUUAUUAUUGUACAAGAUUACAUUUGUCAUACUGAUCAACUUAUGUACACUUACAGCAGAUGAUGGACCUGUGGGUUGUGAGUCAUCAUAAUGAGCUGCCAAUUCAAAGAUCUUGCUGGAGGUUAGAGUGUAUUGUUAUGUUGUUAAGUGUCAGAAAAACAGUUGUAUUCAGAUUAUGUUGGGGUUUCAGGUGUGGCAGAACUGACAAAGGAGUUAGUGCAUUUGACCAGGUCAUUUCCAUCACCCUUCGAAGUAAGUUGAGGUCUGGGCUGGGAGUCGUUGCCCCAGAAAACACCAAAAUGGCACCUACAGAAGGUGAUGGAUCUGAGAUUAACUAUGUACAACUUCUUAACAAAGUUCUUCCUCAUGAAAUAAGAAUGCUUGCCUGGAGCCCAGCAUCACUUGGGUAUUCUGCAAGGUUUGACUGUUCCCAUCGAACUUAUAAAUAUUUUUUUCCAAGAGGAAACUUGAACAUUGAGGCAAUGAAUGAGGCUGCCCAGUACUUAGUGGGUUAUCAUGACUAUAGAAACUUCUGUAAGAUGGAUAUUGGAAAUGGAGUUGUCAAUUUUUGUCGUCGUAUUCUAUCAGUAAACAUUUCUCCGGUGUGUUGUGAUGUUCAAAGAAAGGAGAAUCAUUCUUUGGGUACUGAAACUGAGAGCCAGUGUAAAGCACAAAAUGAAGAGAAAGAUAUGAACAAAAAUAUGGAACUCGGUGGUGAAUGUUCAGAUUUAACAGUGUGUGAGUCCAGAAAUAUGAGACAGAUGCCAAGCAACACUUUUCCUGAACAUAAUGUUAGAACAGAUACAACAUGUGGGAGGAAACACGGGAAGGAUGGUUAUGACAUGUGUGUGGCUACCAUCGAGGGACAAGCUUUCCUCUGGCAUCAGGUGCGAGCAAUCAUGGCUGUCUUGUUGCUUGUUGGGGAAGGCAAGGAGGAGAUGCAGAUUGUGCCUCAACUGUUAGAUGUGGAGAAACAUCCCAGAAAACCCCAGUACUGCUUGGCUAGUGAUGUGGCUUUGAACCUUUAUGAAACAACUUUCGAGGGAGUGGACUGGCAGUGGGAUAAUGAAAAUUUGCAGUGCGUGAUUAUUCAGUUGCAGGCGCUAUGGAUGCAAAACACUGUAAGGAGCACAAUGAUCAGAAGAAUGCUCUGGGAUUUAGAGAGUCAGUAUGCAAAGACAAAUAAAAUAAGAACAGAAGUUGCACCAGAAGGGGAAGUUUUAUCAGUAGAGGAGGACACUGUGGUGGCAACGUAUCCACAGGAACAAAAUGCUGGUUUGACUCCAGGUGCAAGAACUAAAGUAUACAGGCCUCUACUGUCCAGACCAACAUGUGAGAGCCUAGAGACCCGAGUGGAACACUACGUCAAGAGACAACGGUUAGAUCCUGACAUCCUCCAGAAACUUUCAUCUUCUUGUAACUCCAGCCAGAACAAACCUCCCGGCCACAGCUGUAGUCAAGCUUCAGGCAGUCAGUCCACUGUUAGCCUGCCUUCUAGCAACAUGUCUUCAACCAGUGUAGAAGAAGAAUUCAAUCAGCAGCUGUUCAAACGAUACAGAGACAAUCAGAAAUAUCUUAUUCCUCUGACACAGUACUACCACAUCAUACACAGUGUGAAAUCUGCUGCUGCUGGUGUUCACAAAAAGAGCAGGAAUGACUAUUACCUCCUGUCCAGGUACGUUUAUUCCCACUUACUUUUGAAGAGGGGAGGUGUGCAGGCAGGGGAUAGGUAAAGGCUAAUACAUUCAUUUGUCUGCCUGCCAUUUUUUUGUAGGUAUGUAUGAGGUCCUACAGUGUGGCAAUGUUGAAAAACUGAUCAAGAAACGCAGCGACCCCAACGAACCCCCACUUUACUUCGCAAUGAUUGAAGAGACGUUCGAUGUGAUCAAAUGGGCACAUGUUUCAACCGGCCAUGGCGGAAGAGACCGCAUGUUGAAAGAGAUCCAGAAAGACUAUGCAAAUGUUACUACACCUACCCUCGAGCUUUUCAAAUCCCUGUGUGAAGAAUGCCAGGAAAAGAGAAAGCGGCCCAUGACAAAAGGCGUGGUUGUUCGGCCCAUUCUCAGCAAAGACUUAACUUCAAGAGGUCAAGUCGACUUAAUUGAUAUGUAGGCGAUGGCGCAGCACUCCUUUAAAUGGAUCAUGGUAUAUCAGGACCAUUUUACCAAAUUCUGCGUACUCCGGCCUCUGCCAAGUAAAACGAGCGGCAAAAGUUGCUGUAUACCUGAUGGGCAUUUUCUCCUUUUUGAUGUCCCAGCCACACUUCAAAGCGACAAUGGCUCGGGGUUCACGCCACAUGUGAUGACAGAACUGAAGGAUGUCUGGCCUGAUCUCACUAUUGUUCACAGUAAGCCACGCCAUCCUCAGAGUCAAGGUUCUGUAGAACGUGCCAAUGGUGACCUAAAGGACAUACUAGUAGCACGGCUGGCAGACAACAGUACUCAAGAAUGGACUGUGGGUAUCAAGUUUGUGCAGUUUCAGAAGAACUCGGCUCACCAUUCAGAAAUAAAGGGCACCUCAUACUCUGCUAUAUUGCCAUCCCCAUUCCUGUUGUAGAUUGUGGAAGGAGAGAUCCACGUAAUAUGUUUGGUGUUAUCAUAGGCAGAGAUCUGGACACUGACUUAUAGAGGAUUACUGUGAAGGCCAGAGUUUUGAGUGGACAGUACUCCAGAAACCAAUUUGACUUACGUCCCCAGCGUCUACUGACAGAGCAAGAUGUAAACCAAGAAAAGACUGUUAUUACGCUCUGCUGUUAUUGCUCAGUCAGCUUCGAGUGGACAAGCGUUCACAAAAUACAACUGUAGUGGUCCAAAAAAGCGUCGGACAAACUGUUUUAAAGCCAAACUUAAAUGUAGCUCACGUUACCACAGAAGUUAUACUUGUGCCAACAGGUGAAGUUUGAAUUUGCUGUAUGUAUGAUGAGAUGUAAUAUACAUGUAUAUUUUAUGGCAUUUCAAUGUCAUUUUUAAUAAAUGAUUAGAAUGAGAUGCAGUUCUGUGUUCUUUUUCACUGUCCAGAAUGAAUGAUGUAAUGCACAUGUGCGAUUCAUGACAUUAUAAUGUACCUGUCUUUAAUAAAUGAAUAGAAUGUGUUGCAGUUUAAUAUUUUUCUUGAGAAAAAUAUGUUAGUAAAUGCGUGAAAUCCCCAGGAAUUUUAGGGAUUAAAUGAAACCCCCGAGUGAAACAGUACCCCAAUUACAUGAACUUACUAAAAUUUUCAGGGAUUUCAUGAAAUCAUUGCUCUUAUCUUGAGCUUGUGACGCAGGUAGGCCAUAUGAUACAAGAUGACCUGCUUUGUCCUGUGCCAUCUACUGUGACAGCUUGAUGUCAUGGGUUUUUUCUGUAGCUUUCAGAAUUGUUCACAUUUUGUAUAAUGCAUAUACUGUACAUGCCCUACACACUAGGUUACAGUAGGCAUACACUGUCCACUCUGCUAUGCACAGUAUUGUACAUAUGGUACUUUCACACUUACUGAAUGUACAGUACAGUCUACAUAACUGUAAUCACUUAUGUCUUAACACUGCUUUAACAGUAUUCUUGGCUGAUGUAUCCUGGUGUUGUAAUGUACAGUACUGCACAACACAGAUCGUAAGUGAAAAAAGCAGAGAAUGAGCAAACAAACUUGUACAGUGGCAGCAGACUAUGAACCUAGUGCAUCAUGAUGCCUCAGCCAAUCACAAGCUUCCCAUGUAAUCACAUGACAAUAGUGGCAAAUCGCAGGGCACGAGCCAACAGCCUAAGUUCCCCAUACAGCUAGUCCACCCACACAUCGGCGCAUGAUGCAUUAUCUCGGAAAUUCGUUCGAAGGCUAGUAACAGAGAAUCCCCCCCCCAACGUAAUGGAAAGUUCCAUGGCUCGAAGAUUCUGGCUAACGGGUAUAUUACUGUAGUGUAUAGAUCACUUUGGAAGAAAACGUAAUCUCUAUUUUUUUUAAACUUAUCACUGUCACCAACUGUCAGCUUAUUAGCCAUUCAGGCAGAAAGUCUCUUCUCAAUUGGCCUUUUAAGUAUAUACUGUACUGUAAUUUGCUGUUUAAUAACUUUUCACUCUGCCAUGAAAGGAUAUAUGAAAUAAUUUUAACUGUGAUAAGCAGCCAUCAAAUAUAUUAAUUCAUUGUGUAAACAUAUAAUGCAAGAUCUUUAUAUGCUGUCCUGAAGAUAAUAGAAUAGGAACUGCCUGGAGCGUGAGUCUCUACGUCUUGAUUAGCUAAACUGUGGCCAUUCUAUAGAUAAAAUACGUACUCUAUUUAUAUUCACACCAAGUUAAUUGCCUCAGCAUCCUUAAAAAUACCUGUAUGUAUAAAACCUUGAAUUUAAUGCUUUCACAAAUACAUCUUGAUGCUACAUGUGGUAUAAAUGCCACAGGGCUCCAGUGACGUAAUUGUCCUUUGGCAAAAAUUCUCCUGCCAUCCACAGCUCACAACUGCUUACUUUACUUGGGUUCAAGGUUAUAUGAUGUGCCCACUCACUUACAUGUGCUCACUCACUUACCAUGGAGAUUGUAUGGUUAUUAGCCAACAGUGAGGCAGAAAUUCUUUUAAGUAAUAUAAACAAAACUUUUUACUAACAAGAUGAUGAACUUGGGUCUUAGGUAACUAAAACCCUUUGGAUGCAUAAAGAAAGAGAGAGGUGGACAGCAAGAAAAUUUACUGCACACCAUACUGGUUUGCACCCAGGACAUCCUCAGUUCACCCAACCAUGAAUAGGUACCUAAGUUCACCAUUGAGGAAGUGAAGGCUGCCGAGUACAGUGUCAUAAACACUGCCAUCAGGCCAAUGGGACCCACUUUCACCUAUGUAGAAUUAUUUGCACUGGAACUUGGAGAUAGUGUGUCAGUAUUUGAGUAAUACAGGUAAUUAGUUUUAGUAUGAAUUUAAAAAUUUUGUAUGCAGUUGUUUCAAAGAUAAUGCAUUAGUAAAUAAGACAAGUACUGAUGUACUGAUUGUGUGUAUCCACCAGGUCUGCUGAAGGCAUCUGAAUAAAGAAGAUAUUAUUGAA